ACUACCUAUGGAGACCAAGAAUGGUGAGCUACUGCCCACCACGGACCUUACUAUCCGAAUUUGGACAACAUUCCUAGACACUUUAGGAGCUAGGAACACAUUCCACUACAGAGCACCACUGACAGCAUUUAGGGCCAUUUCGCCCGACAUAG